AUGAGCACAGCGUUACCCUACAUGUCCGUUCCCCGCCCCAACCCCUCCUCCCCACCUCUUCCACCCGCCUUUCCCCUCUUUCCUCCUCUCUACCACACGUUUCCUGCCUCGUCCUCCUUCCUUGUUCAUUCCACUAAGCCUCUUAACCCGCUGAACCCCCCCCCCAAGGAUCAAUCGACACAAGCUACCUGGCAGAGAGGCUCCAAUGACACCACGGACCCCGCGGAGGUGUAUGACGUGGACGGGUUCAGUUCUACCGACACCGCUGACCCUGCGGAGGCGUAUGACGUGGACGACUUCAGUGUGCCGCCCCAGUCUCAGUUUUGUGACUUGCGGCCCUUCUUGCUUCCCCGGCUGCUCCCCCCAGGUUCCAUCGACAUCACUGACCCCACAGAGGUGUAUGACAUGCCUUUUGAACCGACUCAAAUCGCAAGUCGCCUUGCUGAAUCGCCCCCCCUCCCUCAACCCCCAGGUUCCAUCGACACCACUGACCCCGCGGAGGUGUAUGACGUGGACGGAUUCAGUGUGCCGCCCAGCACGAUCGCGGCGCUGCAGGCGGGCGGCAAGAAGGUGGUGUGCUACUUCAGCUUCGGCACCUUCGAGAGCUACCGCCCUGAUUCUGACAGCUUCCCGAAGCGCGUCAAGAAGGGCCGAGUGUGCCUGGUGAGUGUGCCUGGUGAGUGUGCCAGGUGGGUGUGCCUGGACCGGUGGUGUCGCAAGUGGUGGCCGGGGGAGCGGUGGCUGAACGUGAAGGAUCCAGUGGUCAAGCAAAUCAUGGAGAAACGCGUGCAGGUGACUGGAGCAGGGAUGGGUGCAGGUGACUGGAGCGAGGGAUGGGAGCAGGUGACUGGAGCAGGGAUGGGUGCAGGUGACUGGAGCGAGGGAUGGGAGCAGGUGACUGGAGCAGGGAUGGGAGCAGGUGACUGGAGCGAGGGAUGGGAGCAGGUGAUUGAAGGGAAAGAUGGGACAGGGAGACACAAUGAAUGGCUAGCAGCGAGCAAGGGGUGUGACGGCAUAGAGCCGGACAACAUCGACGCCUACAGCAACCGCCUGAACGUGUGGCUGCCGCCCUUCUCCCGGAGUGUGCGCAUCAGCAAGAAGGACCAGAUCCGGUACAACGCGUGGAUCGCAGACACCGUGCACAGGCACGGCAUGAGCGUGGGUCUGAAAAACGCCCUCACCAUCGCAGGGGCGUUAGUCUCCAAGUUUGACUGGGCGCUGGUGGAGGAGUGCAAUGCGUUCAGUGACUGGAGCGGUGGGGAGUGGUACAAGGGCAAGUACGAGUGCGACUAUGCCAAUGUGUUUGUCAAGGCGAAUAAGGCGGUGUUUGUGGCGGAGUACACAUCAGCGUGGGGCACGACUGCAGGGCGGGAGAACGGCAUUCAGUUCCCUCAGCACAUGUGUGCAGACAACAACGCACACGGAUUCUCUACACGUCUGCACGACCUUGACCUGGGCCCGACCAAGUUCCCCUGGGCGGACUGCCUGCAGCACCAGCCAGCGGGGUGCGCUGCUGCUGCCUGGCAACUUUGCGUGCAGCCUGCGGUGUACACCGGGUUUAAUCAGCGUGGGAAGGGUAUGAAUGGUGCGGAUCAAAUAGGACAAUGCCUCGCCUCGUUCUCUCUCCCUUGGUCUCUCUCCUCGUCGCACCCGGUUCCCCCUCUUCCCCGCAUGGUAGCGACUGCUGCAAUGAGCGCGAGAGCCGCCAUUACCGCACGCGCUGUCAAUGCCGCCGCGCCACGCGCAAUGUCCGCCUCGCCCGCGCUCAGCGGCAUGAGUUCGCGAUCCGCUGUGACCGCAUCCGCGUGCUGCCGGCCGCGCAGCUGCCUCCCUGCCGCCCCUGCGCGCCGAUCUCUGUCGCCCCGCGAUGCUGUCAUCGUAGCCGUCCAUCCGCACGAGAACGGACGGUCGAUGCCGCUGGGAACAGGCCGAAGCGGCAAGGCAGCGCAAUUCCCGGCGCGGAUCGCGGGGAUUACGGAGCCACAAAGCCUAAGCACAGCUGCUUCGAGUUACUCUCAAGCAGGAGCGUCGAGCGGUGGAGAACGGUGCAGGACGGUACGGGUGCGGGCAGAGAACACAGAGACGGGAGGGGGAAGUGGUGGGGGAACGGGCGGCGGGGAAGGCGGAAAUGGAGCGGGAGGGGGAGGGGGAGGGGGAGGGGGUGGCAAUGGAGACAAUAAAGACUCGGUUUGGGGAAUGUACCUGCAUCUGCUGGACCGCCACCCGCUCGCGGUGAAGGCGGGCACGUCCAUGCUGCUCAACCUGCUGGGGGACCUCUUCUGCCAGGUGGUGGUGGAGGGAGGGCACGGGGUGGAUGCGAGGAGGGCAGCCACCAUCUCCCUGCUGGGGCUGCUGCUAGUGGGCCCCACGCUGCACGUCUGGUACUCACUGCUGUUCCGCAUGGUCACCGUGCAGGGCACUCCCGGCACCCUUAUCCGCCUCGCUCUAGACCAGCUCCUCUUCUCGCCGCUCUUCAUCGCCACCUUCUUCUCCAGCCUCCUCACCCUCGAGGGCCGCCCUGCUGCCAUCCCUGACGUGCUCAAGCAGGAGUGGGCCAAGGCGGUGGUGGCCAACUGGAAGGUGUGGAUUCCCUUUCAGUUCCUCAACUUCCGCUUUGUGCCGCUGCACCUUCAGGUCGCAGCAUCCAAUGUAAUCGCACUGCUGUGGAAUGUAUACCUCUCCUUUGCAAGCCAUCGUGGUGUGAAGGAGAUGUAA